UCCCUGGGACGCCCCACGGGCCCAAGUCAGAGGUGGUGCAGGGCGGGACUACCCGAGGUAACCGCCGACUGCGGAAAACGCUCGUCACGGCAACGGUUCGGAAGCCCCACCCGACCUCGCCUGCAGCCCGCCCUAGGCCCGUUCGAACAUGACCUUGUUUUGGCGUUGCUAGGAGACUCGGCUCCCGCGCCCUGCUGCCUGGCGCGGGAAAGGGGCGGGACCGCGACAGCCUGGAGGAGCAGCCGUGCGAACGCCGUUAGAGCAGCCUGGCGCGCAGCGCCCGCCCGGCACCCCUGAAGGCCGCGUCUCCUCCCCUGCCACCUUCUGGGCCUCGUCGGUGCCCGCAAGGAGGUGUCAACGCGCUUGUCUAGCUGCUGGAAGCGACGUUUAGUCUAGACCAGGGAAGGACCGUUAGGUUAGCUGCAAAGGGGCGGGCAGCUCUGGUGCCACGCCCUACCGAGGGAGAAGGAGCCUGCGGGGCAAGGUGAAGGGAUCCCGCAGCGGAAAAGGUGGACCUGCCCUGGCCGUUGCCUCAGGCCCGGUCCUUGACACCUGAGAGGCCGACAUGGCCGCAGCGAGCACUCUCCCACCAGCCGACAAAGGGUUAACGCGCCGGCGGUGACAGCGGUCCCCGGAUGUGAGAGCCUUGGCGCGCCGUCCGUCAGCUGCGCUGCAGUAGUCUUGUAGCUGGAUCACCUAGGACGAGACGUUCAAAAGCAUUAAGAAGAAAGCAUUCCAUUUGGGACACUUAUUUGCAGCUGGAAAUGGGGAAUGGACUGUCAGACCAGACUUCUAUCUUGUCCAGCUUGCCUUCAUUUCAAUCCUUCCACAUCGUUAUUCUGGGUUUGGACUGUGCUGGAAAGACAACUGUAUUAUACAGGCUGCAGUUCAAUGAGUUUGUAAAUACUGUGCCCACCAAAGGAUUUAAUACUGAGAAAAUAAAGGUGACCCUGGGAAAUUCUAAAACAGUCACUUUUCACUUCUGGGAUGUAGGUGGUCAGGAGAAAUUAAGGCCACUGUGGAAAUCAUAUACCAGAUGCACAGAUGGCAUUAUGUUUGUUGUAGACUCUGUUGAUGUUGAAAGAAUGGAAGAAGCCAAAACUGAACUUCAUAAAAUAACUAGGAUAUCAGAAAAUCAAGGAGUCCCUGUACUUAUAGUUGCUAACAAACAAGACCUCAGGAAUUCGUUGUCUCUCUCAGAAAUUGAGAAAUUGUUAGCAAUGGGUGAACUGAGCUCAUCAACUCCCUGGCAUUUGCAGCCUACCUGUGCAAUCAUAGGAGAUGGACUAAAGGAAGGACUUGAGAAACUACAUGAUAUGAUAAUUAAAAGAAGAAAAAUGUUGCGGCAACAGAAAAAGAAAAGAUGAAGAGUGAUACCUUUUAUUAUAUCUGUGUGGAAUAGGUUUUCUCUGGUCUGAUUUUGACAAAUGGAAGAGUGUCUACACCUGGUUUACCUGCCUGCCCUCCUGGAUGCUUUUAAAACCUAGUUUUGUAGAACGAUCAGAUUCCCAGUGUUGUUGCGUUUUGGAAGAUGAGUAAAUGCAGGGCAUCUUAAAGUGGUUUCUUCUCCACUCCUAACCCCCAAGUCUUGUGGUACUGCUGUUUUUGGAAGCCAUGCAAGGAUAGUGAAAUGACCAGAAAACAGUUGUGGAAAUCUGAACUGAAGUUAGUGAAAUAAAACUUUGAAGAAUGGCUACCCAGUGUUGUGCUUAUAUCUUUUUGUGGGGAGCUUUUGCAAAGAAAUUGCAUACAAGGCUUUGUAUGUUGAAAAUGCUAAUGAAUGGAAGUGUAUAUUAAUAUAUAUACAAUUAUAUUGAUCAUGUUAGACCUGUCAGUCCUUGUUUGAUGUAAAGGACAAGGAGGAGGAAGUGUUUGCUUUUUUAAGUUUUGGCCAAAUGAUUUUUGACAGUUUCUGGAAUCAAAUAAUUUAAUGCUAUAUCUUAAUUCUAGACAAUGUUUAAUUAAGUUGGUCUAAGCUUAAAAUAAUAAAAAUAAGGUAUUUGGGGGCAUAUUUAAGUGCAUGGAUUACUUUUCCUAACAAAGCAUGUUUUGGUGUAUAGUCUUUUACUUUUUAGAAAUAACUAUGCAUUUUUCUACAUGGUCAGGUUUAGAACACCUUUUGUGGGGGUUUAGGAAUGUUGUAGAAAUAGUUUGCUGCCAGAAGCACUCUCACUUGAAGAACCUACAGUUAUGCUCUUCACUCUUUUAUGUAGUUAAUUCGGGCAUAUAGACUAAUAAAUGCAUAUGCUCGGGUACGUGUAUGGCUUUAGGAAGAAAGCAAUUGAUGAGUUCAAUCAAAAGCGAAUGUAUUGGCAAUAAAUGGCCCCCAAAAUAUUCCAGUUAUAAAAUAUUUGUUCCAUUAAUAUUUGCUGCCUGAACACAGAUGUGGUUUUUCAUAUCAUGUUUUUGCAGUAUUGGGGAAGGAGCAAAAGCUUUAUAAACAACACCUGAUGCACUGUGGCAUGUAAAUGUAAAAGAUGUCCUGUAUAUGCUGUGAGCUUUAAUUUUUUUAAUUACAAAUGGAAUAGUGUUACAUGGGCAGUCCAGUCCUGAUUAUAAGGAAGGAAGAAGUGGUACAGUGGUGCAGAUAAGAAUUUCGAUUAUAGAAAAUGAAGGGAAAAGUAUUAUGAAAAUUUGCUGGUGCUGUUUACAUUGGAAUAAAAAUAUAAUUAGAAAAUACCUUUACCAAAUGCUUAUCUGCAGGCAAAGACUGACUUCCAAUGAUCAUAUACUAGCAAAUCAAUGUAAUUUCUAUGUGUAAAGCCAACGGCUAAUCUGAAGAUAACCAAAAGAAAUGCACUUUGGUAGCACGAUUUUGUUGGGGUUUGGGGUUUUGUAUUUUUUUCUUUUUUUUUUUUUUUAGUGACACAGCUGAGUUUUUGGAAGCUCGACUCUUGUUAUACACAAAAUGAAUUAGCUUCUUGUGGAGCUUUCAUAUGUUAAGUGUACCUGCACUAGUGACAGUCACUUAGAAUGUUUAUAUUUAUAGAAAUGUCAAUAACCUAACUUCCAAUAAAUUCUACUUGAGGCAA